UUCUUUUAUGCUUCAUUAAUUUGUUGCUUGAAACUCAUAUUCAUGUGUCUUUAGUAUAUUUUUCCCCUUGAAAGUAUUUAUAGUGGUACUGGUUGGUAUUUAUCGAUUCACUUCUUUUAUAACCUAUGUUGCUUGGAUCCUUUAAAAAUAUGCAGUACCUAUUAAUGUCAACAGUUCCAAAUAUAACAUCCUGGUCUCUCACAUCCGUCUAAGUUCAUCGAAGUAACAUUGGCACCCACUGGAGGGUGUGGCCUAGUGGUCAAUGAAGUGAGGCGAGAACCAUGAGGUCUAGUUUUAAGUCGCAGUGAGAAGGAAAAAAAUACUAGGCAAUUUCUUCCGAUAUGUCAAAGCCUUUGGGGACAGAGUUAUCCGGUACCUGUGUUGGUGGGAGGUUGCAGGUACUUAGUGGAACUAGUCGAGGUGCGUGCAAGCAAGCCUGGACAGUAGGGCUGGCAAAGCAUAUGAAUAGGUACAAAAAAUCCAGCUUAUGCGAUCUAUCCACUCAUAGAACGCCAGUAGUUCUCCGCAACUUUGUCCACUUCUGUGCCUCUUUCUUUGGCCAGCUAUCGUUCAACCAAGUCCUUGUCGUAUUGGCCCUCGCAACUAGCUGAUAGAAAUCUAUGAACAUCAUACAGCUCCUCUUCCACCAUCUGUGCAAUGUUUUCUUAGACCGGUGAAGUGUAGUAAAGUAGGUGAUGCUGACAUGAAUAUGAAGUAGACAUAAAGUCUGUUACAAAUACGAUUAAUAAAUUGAGAUAGUGAAGAGUGCAGACUGAAGGAGCCUGAUUUCUUAAUUUUUACCUCGCUGUUUUUGUUAAUACUAUCGGGCUCCUGCAACUUGCAGUUUUCAAGUCGUAAUUGCAUUUUGAAAGGAGGAGAACAGAUAUGGCGUACGCGAGUAUAGCAUCUCUUGUAAGAACAAUGGAACUGCUGUUGAUGUCUGAUUUGCCAAUGCUAUCCCUUGCUUUUUGCCACAGAGAAGAAAUUGUAGCUCUACAUAAGAAAGUGAGUUCUAUAGAAGCAUUUCUCAAGAACUCUGAGAAACAAAUCAGUAGUUAUGGGGCAAUGACAGAUUUGGAAGUGCGGAUAAAAGGUUUUGCGAAUGCUGCGGAAGAAAAAAUUGAAUUCGGACUACGAGAAGCAAUGAUAGCAGAAGAUGAAACGCAGAGAGGAAAAGCACAUGAGGAACUUCGUGAGAGCUUGCGACAAGUAGCAAAGGACAUUGACCGUGUGCAAGAAGAGUCGAAAACGAUUCAAGAUCAUAAAGGUAGACAAGUAUCAACGCGGUCCUUGGCACGAGAUAUGAGUUCAGAAAAACUACCUAAUCUGGAAGCUUCGAACAAUAUGGUGGGAAGUGGCAAGCAAAAGAAAAGGGUGCUUGAAGAAAUCAGAGGAGGCUCUUCCGACGAACAAAAAAUUUUCCCAAUUGUCGGGAUGGGAGGCAUUGGCAAGACAGCUUUAGCAAAACAAGUUUUUAACCAUCCUUCGAUUCAGUCCCAUUUUGACAUUCGCGCUUGGGCUACUAUAUCUAAAGAAUACAAUGUGAAAGAAAUCCUGCUCAGUCUUCUUCAAUCUAUAAUCAAAAUCAAUGACAAAGUCUACUGCAGAAGUGAGGCAGAGCUAGCGGACCUUCUACAGAAAUAUUUGAAGCGUAAGAGGUAUCUUAUUGUCAAGGACGACAUAUGGAACUAUAAAGCGUGGGAUGAAACGAGACAAUGUUUUCCAAUCAUCAAUAAUGGGAGUCGAAUAUUGUUGACUACCCGUCAUACUGAGGUAGCCCUUUACGCGAGCUCAAGUAAUCUUCUUUUAAAGAUGAAUCUCAUGAAUUCGGAUGAGAGUUGGUACCUUUUUAAAAGUAAGGCGUAUGCGAAUGAAAGAUUCCCGUUUGAAUUAAAGGCUACAGGGAAGGAAAUUUCAAAAAGAUGUCACGGAUUACCGCUAACAAUUGUCGUGGUUGCUGGGCUUCUAUCCAAAUCUAAGAGCACAAAAGAAGAAUGGAAGAACGUUGCUGAGAAUAUCAAGUCGUUUCUAAUGAAAGAUCCUGCUGAACAAUGUCUAUGCGUUGUCGCAUUGAGUUACAACUACUUGCCUAAUGACUUAAAAGCAUGCCUUCUCUAUCUCGGAAUAUUUCCAGAAGACAGUGAAAUUUCAGUGAAGAAAUUGGUGAGAUUAUGGAUCGCUGAGGGGUUCUUGAAACUGGAGGGUGACCUAGAAGAAGCGGCUGAAAACCGUUUGCAGGAUCUUGUCGAUACCUGUCUAACCUUAGCUAGCCAAAAAAGCGCAGACGGAAGAAAAAUCAAGACAUGUAGGGUUCAUGUUCUGGUCAAUGAGUUAUGCUUGAGAGAAGCACAACGCGAAAACUUUUUGUUUAUCAGAAAUGAUAAAACAGAAACCGUUCCUCUUGUGGGCUGUCGAUUGAUCAGCAAACAGAAAAGGCGACAAACUGGUGUUUGUUUUCACGAUGAGAAUUUUGUAACAUCACUUACACAUACCAAUGAUGAUGACAGUCCGUUGAGAAGAAUUCAUUCAAUUUUCCUGUUUGCUGCACCUUCACUCAGUACUAAUUCCAAUUUAGAGCUUGGUUAUUUGAAUUUAAUCAGAGUCUUCGACUUGAGUUCAAUGUACUUCUCAGAUUUUCCUCUGCAGACUCUUUCUCUCUCUUUGUUGAGUUACUUAUCUUUUUCGACUCACAUAUCUUUUGGCAUACCUCGAGGAAUUCGCAAAUUAUUGAAUCUACAAACUUGCAUUGUUCAAGGAUCAGUUCACUCAUUUAUAAAGUUUCCAGAACUAACUUGGGAAAUAAAGCAACUGAGACACCUGAAACUCCGAAUCUUUUAUUUGUCGGAUCCUCUAAGUUCAUCCACUACUGGUACCGAACAUCGGAUGGAAACAAAAAACAAAAAACACUCACUCAACAACUUGCAGAAAUCAAAAAGUACAAAUCUGAAAUGUUGGAAAGCUACAAAUGAUCAUUUUUCUGCUCUUGAGCAUCUAGUGAUCAGACAUUGCCUUCAUUUGGAGGAGAUCCCUAUUGAGUUUGCAGAUAUUUACUCACUACAACUAAUCGAAUCGCAGAACUGUAGUGCAAAGCUCGCGGCUUCUGCUGAACGAAUUCAAGAAGAGCAAGAAUCACUGGGAAGCAAAGCUAUAGAUGUUCGUUCUUACAAUGAUCAAGGUAAACACUAUUAGUGAGGUACACAGGACUUCCUGUUGUAAACCUAUGGGCAUUGGGCGGCCAAGCUAGUGGGCGAGGGUCUAAACAACGAAGAGGCCUAAGAAUUAGCUAGCCAAAUAAGAGAUUUAAUUGGGAUCCAGGUUGAUCAUGCUUACGCAAAGUCUCUGUCUCUCAUCUUGCUUUCUCCGACUCUAUCCUUGUUUGUACUUUCAAUAUUUCUAUAUUUUCGUUUGAGGUCUUACCUUACGAGUUGUUGAUUUUACUUUCUAAAUGUGUAA